AACCCGGUGGUUCGAGCGUCUCUCUUCCAGUUCUCUGACGGGAUCAUGGCCGACGGAGGUCUAAUGUUGAUCGACGGAAACCAGCUCAGAGACGGCGAUCUCCGUCUCCCUCUCCCUGGCGCCACCGUCACUGGCGCCCACCUCGUGGAACUGGCGGAAUCGGAGGCCGCCGCACGCCUCUUCGGCCUCUCCCUGCCGGAGUCCCUGCGAUCCGCCGCCCUCCGGCGGAUGGCUGGAGACGUUGACAUCUUCCUCACGGAGGAGUUCAGUGACGCUGAAUCCAUGAAGCAGAAGCUCGAAGAGUACCUCGUCGCCCUUGCCGAUGAGCUAAAAGAUGAUCCUCUUGUUGUUUUGGUUUUGGAUGGAAGUGCUAUUCGAAUUUUUCUGGAUGACGAAGAUGAUUUUGCAAUGUUGGCGGAAAACCUCUUCACUGAACUGGAUGUUGAUGACAAAGGAAAGCUCGGUAAGAAUGAGAUACAGAAUGCUCUUGUUCACAUGGGGGUCGAAAUGGGAGUCCCUCCUUUUCCAGAAACCAACGAUCUUCUUAAGAACAUUUUAAAGAAACAUGGAGCUGAGGGCGGAGAACAAUUGGGCCAGGCUCAAUUUGCACAAUUACUUCAAGCCAUUCUACAAGAUCUUGCUGAUGCUUUGGCUAAAAAGCAUGUAACUUUUAUCCAAAAUGUUAAGGUUUUUAAUGGUUCAAAGUUAAAAAAGAUUUUGGCUGAUAAGGAGUUAUUUGACAAUGAGAUUGAGGGUUUGUUCCAGGAUUGGAUUGCUUACAGAAGUGGAGAAGGAAACAAGGAAACAUUGCAAGGUUUUUUUGUGGCAAAAGGACGUAAGUUGGGUCUGCCUCCACCUGAAUCUAAUGAAGCAGUUCUUCUUCUUUAUGAUCAAAUUUUCUCAGUGAUCAAUGACAUUACUGGAGAUUUGACAAGAGUCUCAUUCCAAGAGGUUGUGAAAAAUAUCCUUGAGAAAUUUGUGGAACAACUUGAAGCUAAUCCUAUGUUCAUUGAUAUGGGGAGUGGAGUCAACUGAUUAAGGGUGUCACGAAGCAAAUGGUUAUUUCUACAUAUAUACACACAUAUUAUAGAUUUACAUGUUUUUCUUUUGCAUCUGUCUGUUUUCUUUUAAUGCAAAUAUAAACUUUCUUCUUCAAUUUUCUGAAUGCAAUAUAGUGAUGGAGAAAAACUGAUGUUCAAUAA